ACCGGCCGUGAGGGAGCGAAGAUGGCGGCGGUGCCGUUAGCCGGCUGCAGCCCCGCCGCGGAGCCUGCAAACACCGCCGCGGUCCCAGGGCCCGCGGAGCGGCUCAGGGUGGAGGAGGGAACCGAGGCAGAGAAGCAGACUCGGGUGUCCGCCCUGUUGGAGAGAUUACACGCCAAGCACAAUGCCGCUCGGCCCUGGCAGGAGACCAGCAAGAUCGUUAGACAGGCCAUGGAAAAGCGUGGGGUGAUGAAUUCAGCCGGACACCAGCUUCUGCUCAGCUGUUUGGAGACACUACAGAAGGCACUAAAAGUGUCCUCGCUGGCCUCGAUGACCGACCGUCUGGAGUCCAUCGCUCGGCAGAACAUGUUAGGCUCUCACCUCAGCCCUUCAGAAACGGAGUGCUAUAUCACCUCCGACAUGUUCUAUGUUGAGGUGCAGCUGGACAGCAGCGGACAGCUGGUGGACGUUAAAGUGGCCCAUCACGGUGAAAACCCCGCGAGUUGUCCAGAGCUGAUACAGCACCUCAGAGAGAAAAAUUUUGAUGAAUUCUCCAAACAUCUUAAGGGUCUGGUGAACCUGUACAAGCUUCCUGGAGACAAUAAACUGAAGACAAAGAUGUACCUCGCUCUCCAGUCUAUUGAGAUGGACCUCACAAAGAUGAUGCACAUGUUCAGGUUGGCUACCAGUGCUAACACUGUGGAGACUAUACUGCACGGUAGUGUUGGUCUGCUGACUUUGAGGAGUGGUGGUAAUCUCCUGUCCCUGCAGUGUUACGUCUCUCCGUAUGACAUCUUCGAGGAGGGCUCUGGGACUCAGCUCAGUUUCACAGAUUCAAACAUACCUCAUUCGCUGGGAGUGAGUGUGUCUGUGACUGUGGAGGGAACAUCAGCCGUGUACAAGCUUCCCAUUGCUCCUCUUAUCAUGGGAUCACAUCCAGUAGAUAACAAGGGGACACCAACAUUUUCUCCAGUGACAAACUCAAACUGUGUGGACCUGCCUGCAUGUUUCUUUCUGAAGAUGAACUGCCCCAUGCCUUUCUCAUUGUCUUUCAUUCAGAAAAUGGGAAAUGUGACAGGUAUUUCUGUGUUUGAAUCUGCCCCUACGUUGUCGUCACUUUAUGAUCUCAUCAUUAAAAGCCAACUCGGUGAAGAAGAGGGAGCCAGUCCUCCAGCUUCAGGCCGGUCUAUGCGCUUCUAUGCGGCACUGCCAGGGCAGCAGCAUUGUUACUUUCUGAAUGGAGAUGCCCCUGUGCAAGAUGGCAGAUCGCUUCAGGGAGCGCUCGUAUCCAAAAUACCCUUCAGACACCCUGCCCACGUACCCCCUUUACUGGAAAUUAUACGACACCAGGCAGCUUACAAUACACUGAUCGGCAGCUGUGUGAAAAAGACGUUCAUAAAGGAAGAUACUCCUGGGCUGCUGCAGUUUGAGGUGUGUCCACUCACAGACUCCAGUUUCAGUGUUUCCUUCCAGCAUCCUGUGAAUGAGUCCCUUGUUUGUGUGGUAAUGGAAGUGAUUGACUCUAGGCAGGUGGCCUGUAAGCUGUACAAAGGCCUUUCGGAUGCUUUGAUCUGUACAGAUGAAUUCAUUACGAAGGUGGUUCAGAGAUGCAUGUCCAUUCCUGUGACGAUGCGAGCUAUCCGACGUAAGGCAGAGACCAUUCAGGCAGACACUCCGGCUUUGUCCCUGAUAGCUGAAACUGUGGAGAUAAUGGUCAAGAAGAACUUGCCUCCAACAGGCAGCCCAGGUUAUAUGGGAAUGGGCCCAGGGCCUGAUGGGAACAAUCCCUUGGGCCUCCCUAGUGUUGGAGGUGCUACUCCUACAGGAGGCAGCGGUGCUGGGGGCAUAGGUGCAGUUGGAGCAUUCCAAGGCCCAAUCACCUCAAUGUAUAACAUGGGCCGCCAGGUCAGUGUGGAGAGUAUUGGACCAGUGGGAAAUCAACAACAGCAGAUGCAGCAGCAGCCGUCACAGCACAGCCAUGGUUCAGAUGACUUCAGCAAAGUGACUCAGAACCCAAUAUUGACCAGCCUGUUGCAGAUAACUGGAAGUGUGGGGUCCAGUCCCACUCCCCAGGCUUCUGCAGGAUCACAGCCGCACCAGACACCUCCCCCGACCACAUCACCAGCCAGCAACACCAAAAACCAUCCAAUGUUGAUGAACUUGUUAAAGGACAACCCCUCACAGGACUUUGCUGCGCUGUAUGGUAGUAGCCCCCUGGAGAGGCAAAACUCCUCUGGGUCUCCUCGAACAGACAGCCAAGGUCAGCCUUGUUCAGCAGGAGGUCCAAAGGGCAAGAAGAAGCGUCCAAGGGCAACAGACAAAGGCAUGAUGGGAGCAGGAGGUAUGGGGAUGAAGCAAUCACAGCAACAGCAGAUGGGAGGUAUGUCUCAACAGCAUCAUCAUACGCACCACCCUACUGAAGAUGACUUUCACCGCGAGCUCUUUUCCAUGGAUGUGGAUGCCUCUCAAAAUCCUAUCUUCGAUGUCAAUCUACCAGGCGAUGGACUAGACACUCCCCACAGUAUCACGCCGGCCCCCAGCCAAUGUGGGACACCACCCUCAGGUCCUGGAAUGUCGUAUCACUCUCAGUCACAUGUCCAAGCUCAGACACAAGCCCAGUCCCAGCCAGGUCCUUUACAGCGAAUGGUACGCCUCUCUAGCUCAGACAGUAUUGGGCCUGACAUUAAUGAUAUUCUUUCUGAUAUUCCAGACCAGGCCACCAAAGGAAGCAGUGGCAGCCAUGGGCAGCAUCACAUGGGUGGGGAAGAGGGAGGUUCCUUGGGCACUCCAUUACGGGACUCUUCCAGUUCAGGUCAGGGUAGCACAGUAUUUGAUUCUGACUUGUUUAAUGCCAACAGCAACGAAAACCCUUUUGCUGAUCCAGCAGAUCUAAUAGCAGAGGCCACUACUGCAGCAACACCUAAUAGUGAUGCAUCUUCAAGUAACUUUUUUCCAGACACAGACUUUAAUCCAGAACUGCUUUCUGGACAGGGAACCUUUUCACAGAGCUACUUUGAGGACAGUUCACCUAGUCCAGAUCCAGAUCUCGACCUCGUCAAGGGCUUCAGUGGGGGAAGUCAACAGAACACUCCUUCAGGCACCCCUCAAAAUCCCACCUCUCAUGGCCGAAAUACGCCUGAUGCCUCGUUAAAGGACCCUUUUGACAUUGGCUUGGUAUUCGGUGGCAGUAGUGGAGGAGGAAAGCCACUUCUAGGACCAGCACCAGAUAUGGGAGAUCCACAUCCAACUCAUGGAGUUGGUGGGCAAAGUCCACUCAUGAUGAGCAUGGGAGGAGUGGGCAGUGACUUUAAAAGUAGUGAAGUAAAAAUGAAACAGCAGCAGAUGAGGCCGAAGGAAGAUAAUGGAGGAGGGAACUCUGGGAUGGGGAUGGGAGGGUCAGGUUCUUCUGAAGGGAAACAGAUGAAGCGUAGCCGUACUCCUUCUAGUGAAGGAAAAUCAAAAGAAAAACCACCCAAGCGUAAGAAGCUAGAUCCUGACGGCAAGUCUCCCUCACACAGCUCAGGGGGUCGACCCUAUACACCUCCCAGUGGAAGUGCCAGUUCAGGAGGGUCAAUAAGUGGAGGAGGAUCCAAAUCACCAGGAAGCUCAGGUCGUUCUCAGACUCCACCAGGCGGUGCCACUCCCCCUAUACCUAAAAUCACAAUACAGAUCCCCAGAACAGGAGGGAAAACGUCUUCUCAUGGGGGUUAUACAUCAAGCAGCUCAACAGGUGGAAGUUCUGGUGGUGCCAGUGGCACAAGUAGCAGUAAAAGUCACCAUUCCCACUCCUCGUCCUCUGGAAAGAUCAAGAGCAGUAAGAUGGAAGGCUCCAUGGGACAAGGCAACAGUUCAAAGCCAACUAGUACAGGAGGAGGUGGGAGUGGCAUGUCUUCUCAGUCAAAAAGCUCAUCCUUGGGCAUGGGCUCGGGUAAACCAGGCUCUUCUCCAGUCACCAAGCACGGCAUGUCGGGGUCAGGUAGUGGUGGAAGUAGUGGUGGAGUGUCUGGGAAUAAAAUAAAACCCCAAGGAGGCAAGCCACCUGGAUCUAUGAUGAACCCAAAUAUUAAGCCCAACAUCUCUCCUUCACACUCUCGCUCUGGUAAUUCUGACAAACUUUCUUCCCCAUUGAAACAUCAGCAGGGUCAGGUUCCUGGGACACCGCCGUCUUCAAAAGCUAAGUCUCCAAUUGGUUCUGGAAGUGGGAGUUUAGGGGGGUCCAAGUCCUCUUCUAGUGGUGGGAUGAGUUCUCAAAAACAGUUAGGAAGUGGGUCUUCCUCUGGCUCUUCCUCGUCAUCCAACUCAUCUGCUAGCUCUUCCUCUUCUUCAGGCUCCAUGUCUUUUUCCUCUAGUGGCCAGGCCCAGUAUGGGGGGGGUUCAGGUAGUGGAGGAGGCGGAGGAGGUGGUGGAGGAGGAGGUGGCGGUGGGAACAAUCCUAAUGCCAAGGGCAAGUCCCCGAGUAGAAACAAGAAGCCUUCGUUGAUAGCAGUCAUAGACAAGUUGAAGAGUGUUGGCAGUGGUGGGAUCGGAGGGGAGGAAGGCGAGGGUGGAGGAGGUGGCGGCAAUGGCAACAGUUCCGGUAGUGGUGGGGGGGUACCGCAAAAUAUCGGCCAUGCGUCUUCCAAGCAAGGAAUCUCCUCCCAGGGAGGCGAGUACCUAAACAAGCGGGACAAGUCAGAAAAAGAAAGCAAAUCCAAAGUGUCCGUUUCGGGGGGCAGCUCGAGCGACAAGAAGCUGAUGGACCAGAAGUCUGGUGGAGUGAGCAGUACCGGUGUUGCUAAGAUUAUCAUCAGCAAGUCAGACGGAGGUUCUCCAAGCAUCAAGUCCAAAGUAACCCUCCAGAAGCCCGGGGAAGGGGCAGGAGAAGGCUCUAUGCGGUCCCAGCAUUCAGGUCUAAAAGCAUCACCUCUUUUUAGUGGUUCAACCCCAAAACAUGAUCGUAGUUCCCCAAGCCACAGUCGCUCCCCAGGGUACACUCCUUUGAACCAGGACAGUGAAAGCGAAUCUGGUAGCAGUUCAGUUGCAGAGAAGUCUCAUCAGAAUAGUCCGAGCUCUGACGACGAUCAGGCCAUGCGGCCGAUCCAGCCGCCGCAAGACUACAUGAGCUCCAUGUCCGUCAGCUUGGGCGAGAAACACAAGAAACACAAAAAGGAGAAGAAGAAGCAGAAAGACCGGGAACGAGACAGGGACAGGGAUCGAGACAGAGACAGAGAGAGGGAUCGAGAGAAGGAGAAGAAAAAGUCAGCCAUGUCCUGUGCUCCCUCUUCUCACCCAAUGAAGGCAGAUAGUUGGUCCAGAUCCCCCAUGUCUUCUUCAGAAACCUCCAUGUCUAUGCUUGGGUCUGAGCGCCCGCCGCGACCUAGUUCUCCUAUGUAUAUGCACACAGAGGAUGAUGAUCUGAUGGAUUCUGCCCUGACUGGCAAUUUGUAACCUUUCAAAUAGACAACACUGUUACCGCAGUGCUUAACAUGUACCCUCGUCGUGUUCUAGUUUUUUUUUUUUUUUUUUUGAAAAUGUGGUAUUUCUGCGACUCUGAGAAGAUUUAUAAUGUUACACAUGCCACUUUUUACAAAGAUGUCAUGUCCAAGGUCUGUUUCAGAGAAACUGGACAGUUUUUUUUAACUAAAAAUGAGUUAUUCAAUACUCUAAAAUAGAAGGACAGAUUUAAAACAAAUGGAAAAUGUGAUGUGCUGUCAAUAUUAUUAUAAAACUUUAGACAGUAUUUCAUUUUAUGGACUUUAAUUCAAAUGAAUGCCCUAACAUGAGCUUAGAGAAAAGGUACACUGUGAAUUUCAGCCCUGUUAUAAUGUCUGUCUAAAAGUAAGGAAAUGAUUUGUAGUGUCUAGUUCUCAUGGUGUUAGAACUAGCAUUUUUUAAAGGGAUGUUAUCUAAAGAAGAGAGUAUACUGUAUUUUUUAAAAGAUGAACUGAAAAGAAGUUGCCUUCUCCCUCAAAAUGCUCUCCAACUGUUUAAACGAUUUCUUUUAUAGUAUUGGGCCUAAUUGCCUUAAACUUUUAUAUUUUAUUACAUUUUUGUUCAUUUCAUCAUGUUUAUUUAACUGUGUAAUUUUACAUGUAGCUUCUGCUUUUAAAAACAUUAUGCAUUUAGAUCAUUUUCCUUUUAAUGUAAAUAUGCAGGAAUUUUACAGGCUUUAAAUAAACUUCUUAAUGCCAACAAAA